GUAGCAGCGAGUCGGGAGGCAGGCAGGCAGCGUUACUUUCAAACUGAGUGAUCAUUACUGUAAAUGUGGGAAAUGAUGGGGGAUAACGUACACCAUUCGGGAAUCUCGGAUUGAGGAAAAAGCUGAACAUUUAUUUUUUCUACUGGAUCUGAUUUUUUGUCGUCUUUUUUUUUUUUUUUUUUGAGGGGGAUUAAUUUUUACUUCAAAAUGCCAUUUGCCAAGAGGAACGUGGAACCCCAGUUACUGUGUAGACAUGCUAUUCCCAAUGAUGAGGGCUUGCUUUUUGAGGAUCUUUGCACGGUCAAUAAUGUGUCGCUGUCCCGGACCCUCAGACAGCUCUCAGACCUGGCCAAACACGCCUGUUCCUUAUUUCAGGAGCUGGAAAAUGAGAUCAUUUUCACGAACAAGCGGGUCUGGGUACUGCAAAGCAAAAUCGGCAGAAUCCAGCAAACUGCCGGCAGCCUGGAUCCCAAACAGGAGGCAGUGCCUGUGUCGAACCUGGACGUGGAGAGCAAGCUGACAGUGCACUACCAGGCCCCGUGGUACCAGCAGCGCAAUGUCUUCCACCCCUCGAGCCGGCCGCCCUGCGUGGAGGAGCUGCACCUGCAUGCCAAGCAGAACCUGCGAGCGCUGCGCCGAGAUCAGCAACAGAGACAGCGGGCAAACAGCCGGGAGCGGCGGGUGACAAUCUCUAUCUCAGUGGCACCCCCGAUGCCAACCUUCCCCUCACCGCGCACACUGAGGAGGCGUGAACACAGAAGCAGGCACCUGCGAACGUUCCACAGCACCCGUUCCUGCUCCCCCACUCAAUGUUGCCACCUGACCCCCUGGAGCAGAAAGGCUGUUCCACCAGCAGACCCAGACACUGAUGUCAUUGCAUUAGGUCACAGACCAAAAUGCCCAGUACCUAAUAUCCCCUCAACACUGGAUAAGCAGACCAACUGGUCAAAAGCGCUACCUCUACCGACCCCAGAUGAGAAAAUGAGAAUAGAGUCACAAGUGAUAUCAUCGUGCAUUAUUCCCAUUAAUGUCACUGGUAAAUUUGCUGAUUUUCUUGGGGUUGGUUUUGACAGAGAAGCCAGUGUCCGUUGUUCUCUUGUUCAUUCUCAAUCAGUGCUACAGAGGAGACGGAAGUUAAGGAGAAGAAAAACCAUCUCAGGCAUUCCCAGACGAGUGCAGCAAGAAAUAGAUUCUGACGAAUCUCCGGUAGCAAGAGACAGAAACAUUAUUGUGCACACAAAUCCAGACUUCUCCCUGUGCCACGAAGAGCUGAAUGGCCGAUCUUGCACAAGAGACUCAGGCUGCCAGACGGAGGAUAUUCUGAUCGCUGCACCCUCCCGAAGACGGAUCCGAGCCCAGAGAGGUCAAGUUAUCCCAGCCUCCCUCUCGCACUCCACUGGAAACAUCACAGCGCUGCCAGACAAGUCUGAUCCCAUGUUUAUUCCCUCGGUAGGCAGUCGUCUCCGCUCGCGCAGCCUUCCCCGUGAAGGGGGUAGAGUCGUGGAUGAAGACCAUGACAGUGAUGAAGAGCUGUCACCUUAUGAAGCUGAGGAGUUCCUGCCAGGACCCGAAAGGGCCAUGAAGGAUGAAGAAGAAAGCACGGACGACCAAACUAUGCCGGAGCACCAGCUGGUCGGUCUAAAGUGCAAACAACACGUCAGCAGCCCAGACCACAACUGGAGUGAAAGAGGGAGGUCUAGGCUUCCCAGGAAAGCAGAUAUGGGAAGCUGUGAGAUUUCUUCCAGCUCAGAUACUUUCAGCAGCCCCAUUCACUCAAUUUCCACAACAGGAGUGCUGGGAAACCAGAUAGACCACAAAGAGGAUCACCAGUCCUCCAGCGGCAACUGGAGUGGAAGUAGCUCCACUUGCCCUUCGCAGACUUCAGAGACCAUUCCCCCUGCUGCUUCCCCUCCCCUGACGGGAUCUUCACACUGUGAUUCGGAGUUGUCACUGAACAUAGCUCCCCACGCCAACGAUGACCGCACUGGCUUCAUAAUAGACCCUUACCAGACAGACAAAAUCAGAGGCCACAGGGAGAGUUCCUUUACCUCAACAGUAACGGACCAGCUGGAUGACCCCAUCAUGAGCAAUGCGAGUGACAAUGAGUGGAACUACCUGCACCAUCAGCAUGACAAGUCCUGCCGUCAGGAUUUUAGCCCUCCGCGUUCCAGGGAUGAUGAUGGAGGCUUAGAAUGUCCGAGUUUCACAAGCAUGGCCACCUACGAAAGCUUUACAGAUAAGCCAGUGUCUGAGAAAGCAGACACAAGCUCCCACUACUCUGUUGACACAGAAGGCUACUAUACCUCCAUGCACUUUGACUGUGGUUUUAAAGCUAACAAAAGCUACAUUUAUAACUAUGCAGCCAUGGGCCCUGAAUGCGGCCAGAGCAUAAAUGUUGCACCUGGUAUGGGCGGAUAUUGUCAGCAAGAUUACCCGGGCCAAAGGUCACCAGGAAGGCAGAGUCUUUCCUUUAAAAAACCAAAGGCAAAGCCAGCCCCACCAAAACGCAGCUCGUCAUUGAAGAAAACGAGCAGUGGUGCAAGCGUUCCUGAGAUGAAAGAACCAAAGAUAAACAGCGGGCAGCACCUGCCUUUGUCUUCCAGGGAAAUGAAGCUGCAGCUUGACUUGGCCAGCUCCCCAGGUCACUUGGAGAACCCCACUUUAGGCGAUGAACCAGUGGAGCCCUGGGAAAUAGCAAAUGAAAAGGAGUUGACAGAUUCCACUACAUUUGGCUCAAUGGAUAACCAUUCCUUUAAAAAUGAAGGUGCUGUACAGUCUGACUAUGCAGAUCUCUGGCUCCUGAAUGACUUGAAAUCCAAUGCUCCCUACCGAUCGUUGUCCAACUCCAGCACUGCUACUGGUACAACAGUCAUUGAGUGCAUCAAGUCACCAGAGAGCUCAGAAUCACAGACAUCCCAUUCGGGAUCGAGGGCCACAACGCCAUCUCUUCCGUCAGUAGAAAAUGAGUUUAAACCUGUCUCUCCCGAAAAGCUGACUGGCUUGGCAUCGCCAUCUAGUGGGUACUCUAGUCAAUCUGAAACACCAACCUCUUCCUUUCCUUCAGCUUUCUUUCCAGGGCCCUUGUCUCCAACUAGCAGCAAGAGGAAGCCCAAAGUCCCAGAGAGGAAGUCUUCGCUGUCUUCCCAGCAGCAGCAGCAGCCUUCCUCCAGAGACAGAAGUGCUUCAUAUAGUAAAGACCUUGAGCUACCGAUUAUACCUCCGACCCAUCUCGACCUAAGUGCUCUUUACAAUGUUAACAACAAGCCUUUAGCUCACAGAAACCAGAUGCACAUACUCCAUCAAAACAAGCAGAAAGCUGCAGCAGCAACAGCGUCUUCUGAAGCAUCAAGCUCCAGCCCUUCAACUCCUCUCGCCAUCACCCCCACUGUGCUCCGAUCAGUCCAGCUGCGGUCUGUCCACAAGGCCAAUGAAGGCAACCAAGACAAGCUCAGAGCUGAGACUAACACAAAACUGAAAUGCCCUCCUGUGACAAUCGUCACUCCGCCCAGCAUAAUCAGGUCGCCUGAAUCAAAGAAACCAUCUGGGUCCCUUCAACCCUUUGAUUCCCGUUCUCAGGAGUCCUCUCUAACGCUGUUAACCCCAGGAGAUGGACCUUCAUGGAGGGAUGUAGCAUUUCAGGACAACACUAAAUAUAAGCAAGAUAAAGCAGUGUCUGAACCCUUAGGGGCAGCAACAAGUGAACCCCUUACAGACUCGUCACGCACGGAAGACAAUCUGUUACUGAAGUCGCUGUUAGAGACUGAGGUAGCUCAUCCAGGGAAUGAUCUUCUGAAGGGCCCAGAUGACUGCACAGGGCUGUCUGGAAAUGCAGCACACCCCGAAGAAGAACAAGAGAUGAUAGCUUCAAAGAUCCUGUUUCCUAGCAACAGCCAGGCAACAGUCCUCAAACAGCCAUCAAUACAUGAGCUGGCUACUGAAAUGCCAUUAGUGUGUCUGACGAAAACGUGUUCGCUUCCUGCUCCCAACAAUAUAGCGAAGAAGCUUAACUUUGAUUCUUGCGACAGUUUUGACAAAGUGCCUGUAAUUGUAACUUAUCAAUCAGAAACAUCUCAAGCUUACACAAUCAGUGAUAUAAGUAAUAGAGAACAGGAAUAUGAAGAGACAUCAGGUGUUCCUACCAGAAGUGCCUCAGAGGACAGCAGGGAAGAGGGGACAACGCCCAACACUGAUGAUUCAUUCAGCAAAGAAUCUUCUCCGAGUGACAACUCUCUUUCUCCACUGAGUGAAGAUACAAAGUCUGAGGAUGACAGUGUUUUUGUAUCUCCUAACAGACUACGAACCACAGAAGAUCUUUUUGCCAUGAUUCACAGAUCCAAAAGAAAAGUGCUGGGAAGGAAGGACUCUGGAGAGAUGGGCAGAAACCGACAGAGUGCUUCAUCGGCCAGUUCACCGGGAACACCAGUUACCCCCAUUACCCCAGGCACCCCCACCACCUCCCAGAGAGCACCAGGACCCAUUUACAGGAGUGCCAAAAAAAGCAGCACCUCCAACGAGGAGUUCAAACUGCUGCUGCUGAAGAAGGGCAGCCGCACAGACUCAAGCUACAGGAUGUCGGCCACAGAGAUCCUGAAAAGCCCCAUCGCACCCAAGUCCCCCGGCGACCUGAGCAUGGAUGUGCCCAAACACCCAGAGGAGUUUUCUGCUCUCCAGCAGCCCCAGCCAACAGCUGAUCAGCCACCCCCUCCAUCACCGAAAAUGAACGCAGAAGGAUUCUCCCCCAAAACCUUUCCCAUGUCUGCUUCCUCCAGGCAGGGCCGUUCCCGAGUGCCCCCAGCAGCUAACAGCAGUCGCUACAGCAUGCGUAGCCGGCUGUACACCACGCCAAUGCAGGCCAUCUCUGAGGGAGAGACAGAGAAUUCAGAUGGUAGUCCUCAUGAUGACAGGUCCUCUCAGAGUUCCUCAUAGAUAGAUAGAUAGAUAGAUAGAUAGAUAGAUAGAUAUUACCAUAUCUACAUUUUUUUUUAACUGCCUGUGACAGAGAAAGAGGUAAUUGUCCUUAGAAUUGUGACUACCUAUUGUGCAUAUUUUAAAGACGUGUACAAAAAAAAAAACGUGUUACUAAUUUGUUACUAAACUGUAUGACAUCCAAAAGUUUUUUUUUUUUUAAUGAAGUAACUGAUUGCUGACUUUAAAAAAAAAAAAAAAAAAAAUGCAGGUGGAAAAUCUGACCUGUCUUAUAAUAUUAGUUGUAACAACUGGCAAUACUGUUUUUUUUUUUAAAAAGAAGUUGGUCCUGUUAAAGUUAGGAAAGUAAAAAAGAAUUUUCUAACGUCUAAAAGAAUAUCAUUGCAGUCCUAAUAUUAAAAUCAGGAGACAUAUAUACAUGUUUUUACAGGGAGCCAUACUUAAUCUAAAGAACAGAACCUGGUAGCCUUUGUGGAAAAUCUGACAAAUAUGUACCAGAAUGAAAAAAAAAACUGCAACUUUUUUUGUACUGUAAUUAUUGGUCCUUAACACUGCAUGCAUUCACAACCCUUCAUCCUUUCACAUUAAUACACAUGAUUCAGUAUAUUUGAAGAUAUUAGGUUUUCAAACCUAUGGGUUCUUUGCACUUGAUACCUAUACAUUCGUUAUGGGUACUCCUGUCAUUAUCUUAUUUGAAGAUAAUUUCCCUUGUAUAUAAAAAAACAAAAAAAGUUGAACCUGCAAUUUAGAUGAAUCGUCAUAGUCUGAGACUGACACUUACCCAAUUAGGUUUUGAGGGUUAGUUGGUUCUGUUCUGUCAUGAAUUGUUGUACACACAACAGGAGCAGGUUACAGAACCUUCUGUAGAUAAUGAAAGUAGUGUUUUUCUUUCUUUUUGUGAAAAGGUUUGGUUGUCCUCCUUUUUUUAUCUUACAAAUGUCAAUAACAAAUCAAAGUACACCAUUGAUGUUCCUUGGUGUUUCAACAGUUAAAGGGAUAUUGUCAAUAUAUUCCUAAAAAUUCAUUUCUUACCUCUUUAAUAUCGUAUUAUGUGGGUUAUGUAUAAUUCUCUAUUUCCGCUUCGAUUGUUAUUUGACAUGCUUACUAAGUAAAGAUUCUGAAACGAUCGCUUCCAAAAAGAUUCCUCAAGGCUGAUUGUCAAGAAGUGGGUUGGGUAAGGAUAUCAGCGUUGCACAGAUUUGAGUACUCAUUGAUUCUCUUAAGUACUUCAUGUAUGUGCUUUCCCACCUCACUUUCUCCAAACAAAAUUUGCUGAAAUAGUUUGUAUGCAUGACAAAUAAUGAUCUGAGUGAAAACAGCAACCGAGAGCCACACAGAAUACACAUACUAGGAUAUUAAGACAUUAAAUAUUAGAAAAUGUACAUUAUAUAAAGUGUCCCUUUUUAAGAGGUUCAAAAAGUACCUAAAUAUUUUCUUAACAAAAUUGAAUUCACCUUUUAAGCGUGAAAUUUACUGCUGCCAACUGUUACUUGACUUAAUGUAACUGACAGCAUGUGUGUGGUUGGGAACUAUUAUCAAAUAUUAGAAUGUAUUCUAUGAAUACCUUUGCAAUUGUUCACACUGUUAAUUUAGGUUUGGUGUUAUUUGCUUUCUGGUAAAUAUAAUGUUAAGCUAGGAAAAUUGAUAAAUAUAUAAGCAGUCAGAGAACUGCAGAAAUAACACUGUGCAAGCUAAAGGAGGAGAAAGCUGUGAAGCCAGUAUAUGCCACAUUCAUUAAAACCAUGGCUCUUUAGAAGCAAACUCUGACAAACAAAUGUUCUGUCUGUUCAUAAUUUUCAAAUCUGUUCAUCCACAGCAUGCAAUAAAACCAAUUGAGUUCUUAAAGCAAAAUUUAAAUUCCAUUAUUCAAAGAAUUAAUACAAAAUUAUAUUUACAGCAGUAAAAUAAAUAAUUGUAAAAAAAAAAAAAAAAAAAAAAAAAAAAAAGUGUUUGAUAGUGUUUUUUUUUUAAAUUGUAAACUAGAGUGGGAUUAUCUGUUUAGUGACUACACUGGACAAUCUUUUUUAGGGGUGGUUUUGUAACAUGAGGGCAGAGGAAAGUGGGGCGCAACAUUGGGGGAAAGAAUUGUGCUACGUUAUGUGAGUGACAGAGUUAAGUCUAUACAAAGGGAAUCUAAGAAGUACUGGUACACAAAGGCUAGUUCAAGAGCUGGAGAAUAAAGAGAAGGAAAGAGAUAUUAAUGUGGUUGAAAGGGACUUUUGUGCUUGUGUUUAUUGGUGUGAGUAUGAAGUAUUGGAAAUGGAAAGUGAAAAAUAAAAACAAAAGAUAAUCCCAACGUGUGGAUUGGUGUGAACUCCUCCCCCUCAUAUCAGUGAGUAAUAGAUACCUGUAUAGUAAAGCAUCUGCCGUUCUAACCAAGCUCCCUCAGAGAUGGGCCUUGAAGGCCCCUCGCUCUUUUGCGACUAUAAAAAGCUGUCAUUUUGAAGGAGGGAUUUUAAGUCUCUGCCAGGGGAAGGAUUCAGUAUGCAGUACUGAAACAUUUAGUGAAAGGGAGACAGUAUAAUUGAACUUUUAAAAUGCAUAAGAGCGUCUGUGGUUGUUAUUUUAAAAAUAAAAAAAUAAACAAUUUAAUGUAACCCUAUAUUGCUAAAUGUUGCUUUUAGGAAACAGUCAAGUCUUUUUUUUAAUUGUUAGUUGAAAACAGCUUUUGUCAAUAUAGGGUUUAACAAAGGCCUCGAUUUAGAUAUAUUUAGAUUUCUACUUUAUUAAAACAAAUUCCAGGUUUUAAGAGUUUACAUAGUCUCACACAUCAUAUGAACAGGUAUAUUAAAUCCUAGUAAGACUGAAAAUAUUUUUAAUGAUCAGAUAUUUUAUCAAGAGACUUAUUUUGUUAAGAGAGUAUUUAUGAAAAAUCUAAUAAUAAAAGCUUUAUUUAAAAAAACAAAACCCAGCUCCAGCUAAAACAAUAUCGGAGGACAUAUCAAUCAAACAAAUAAGUAAACAGAAUUGACUGAUUAUCGUUCAGAAAUAAACUGGCUAAUAAGUAUUUAAUCCAGUCAUUUGAACUCUAGUUAUGUGCCCAUUACUUGAUUUUUCUGAAAUGUACAGGGUUGCUUUAUUGUGUUAUUCAGUCGUUACUGUUGAUAAACUUGUGUUGCUUACAAUUUAGAUUUCAAUGUCCCACAGCCAAUAUAAAAAUCAACUCAUAUGCAAUAUGUUCUAGUUUAGCACAGGGCACUGCUGGUAAUGCAACAUGUUCUAGUUUAGCACAGGGCACUGCUGGUAAUGCAAUAUGUUCUAGUUUAGCACAGGGCACUGCUGGUAAUGCAAUAUGUUCUAGUUUAGCACAGGGCACUGCUGGUAAUGCAAUAUGUUCUAGUUUAGCACAGAGCACUGCUGGUAAUGCAAUAUGUUCUAGUUUAGCACAGGGCACUGCUAGUAGUAUUUUUAUGGUCAAAUGUAUUUGCUUUUAAAUAUUGUAAAUUCAACAAUUCACUAGUAACUUAGGAGUGGAUUAUAUCAAAAUGACCAGACUGCUAUAGCCAUGGUAUUGUCUAUCUAUGACAUUUGCUAUUUAACAGCACUAUAGUGCUGACACAUCCGGAGCAGCGCUAUACUUUUUCAAUUAAUGAAAGCCUUGGAACGAGAAAAUAUACAUUUAAAAGGGGCAGAAAAAUCAGUCAUGCUGCCUUACACAUAUCAUGUAAGUACAAGACAGUUAAAGAAACAUUUCAAUAUAUUUUAAGCUAUCUUAGGUCUGUUGUAACUUCCAUCAUUUUAGCAGGGUACGCAAUGGGAAACAAGUUUGUGAACUAUCAU